AUGGCCGGCAAGCCCAGCGGAGACCAACAGCAGCAACACCUGGUGGAUUCCGCGCUCGAACACACCGUCCUUCCGGCCCGACAUCCGCUAUCCACCUUUGAACUCGUUGUCACUACCAAUGCCCCCAUCCUCGAAUCUCUCCUCUUGCAAACUCCCACCGAGGCCAUCCUAGCCCUCUACCAUACCUCCCGCUACCUCCGCUCAUUCCUCCGCUCUUACCCGACAGCAUGGAAAUACCUCUCUUUUCGGCUCCUCUACCCCUCUGGCACCCCGCCGCCCCUCCGGGUUGUCUUCACCGGCUCCUCCGAGACCGUCAUGCCGCGCCAGUCGCGCCCGUAUGCCCUCGACCAGCUGUUGAUGAACGUGGUGAUUCCGUUUAGUCCGUGCUUGCGCAGUCUGGAGUUAGAUAACACAGCUGUGUCGGGGCAGAUCUUGAUGUCGACGGUACUACAUUCGCGGCGCGAGACCUUGGAACAUCUCUCUGUACGAGGCUGCAAGAACGUGUCGCUCAAAUACCACAUCAUCCCGUACCUCACGAUGUUUGGCCUCCAAUAUGAUGUCAACAUGGAGCAAAAUAUUGGGAGUUCACCGGAUACCAAGCAUCUUGCACUGAAAAGUCUUUACACAUAUCGAUGUCGACAUCAUCGACGACGGCCGUAUCUGACUUCCUCCUUGUCGCGAAAAGACUCCGACUCGGAACCCACACAUGAGCUGGUCAACCUCUGCCAUAAGCUGGGCAUUUGGACAGAUACCGCGUGGUGCUCGACUCCGGCGGGGAGAUGUUUUCGGAGACGGGGUUACGUGUCUAUGCGUGUUCCACAGGGGUCGGCAGAAGUGUGGGUGGUGUUCGAUCGGCUGUGGAGGUCGAAGAAUUGGAUCGGUCCGGUAGACCAGGCGAAUCGUCCAGUCCAGCGGGAUGCGAAGCUGUGGGAACACAGUGAGACCGGCUAUUACGGUGAGGCUUUGGGGACCGGAGAGAGUGGAGACCAUGGAGAGGGGAAGAUGCUGCCGGCACAUUUGCGACGGAGCCAUACACAAUUCGUUGAGAAUAUCCGCUGCGACAACUGCUGCGAGUUGAUCCCUGAACGAUGCGAGCAAUGCAGUAUAUUGAUGCACUGUGUCGGAUGUCGAAAGACUUUGUGUGCUAGCUGCGCUUACGAACGGCCUUAUCUGCACUGCCGGCCUCGAUCGGUAUCUAAGGACAGUCCAUUCUGGUGGGCUCCUGGAGCUACGAUGUCGCCAUGUUCUAUGCAAGACCCUGUCGAAGAUUCCGAAAACACUACUGUAGCCAACAACGCGGCUCCCUCCUAUCCCGCCCUCACGUUUCAUUGGUGCUGCACCGAGCCUAUCUUCUCGGGCGGCGGCGGCAUCAGUAUCGGCACACCGAACCGCGAUGUGGACCAGGUACGAGCCGUGCCCCUGCCGCGAGGACAGGGAUGGGAGGACCUGGAGUACUCGGCGCAGGAAUGGAGCAAGACGUUCCCGCGGGAUGCCUACGGAGACCCUCGCAAGCCCGACUAUACGCUGGAGACCGGACACAUCGCCAUGAUGCGAUGGCUACUUGGGCCGCCCGACCGACAGCCUGCCGCUUGUCCGCGCAACCUAUGCCAGGACUGCUAUGACACGCCUCAGUGGAAGGUACACUGCAAGAGCUGCUCGAAGCCACUGUGUAUCGAGCAUGAUCUGCGAGGACUCCGCUUGAGAAUCUGUGGAUACCGGGAUCUGACGCUGGAGAAGCUGGCGAUCCAGAACCACGCCGAGACCGGCUCUCGCGGGUUUGUGUCUUCGCGGAUGCCCUACACGAAUUCCGUGCCAGAGUUCGAGCUGCCGUAUCGGACGCAGCGGAUUCUCGAUUCGACUACGAGCAGUUUUACCGAGGACAACCAAGAGGUCUUUCCCGAGGCGAGCAGUAGCGCGUUCGACCAUCCUCGGCCCACGCCUUUGGUUCACCGCCGCUCGCGAAGUCUGUCCAUCUCGAAUUCCAACCGUUCACGCUCAUCCUCGCCGUCAUCGGUCUACUGCGACUCGCCGUCCGACCAGCCCAGAUGGCAAGGAUGUCAGUCCUUUUUCUGUCCGCAGUAUCGAGCAGUCGGUGACCAGCGACAGCGGUGCGCCAGCGUUCUCCGCGAGUGCACCAGCUGCUCGGUGUACGUAUGCGAGGACUGCACCAUCGCCUUCCCGCCGUGCAACUGCUCCUAUUGCGAAGCCAACUACCUGUGCCCGAACUGCCUGAAGAUGCGGGAACGAGACGGGACCUGCCGCCGGCCGGCAGAAGAAAAGGCCCGUCGGGAGCGCAAAUGGAAAGAGGACAUGCGUCUGCUGGAGGGAAUCGUGCAGGACAAACUGGCGAAUAAAAUGGCAAACAAGAUGGCCGAGUAUGCCGGCGAGUUCUUCGACGUUAUCGAGCGGGAGGAACACGGCGAGGUGCAGCAUAUCGAAGAAGCCUCGACGUAUCCUGGACCCGUAACCGAGGAUCUAGGCGAGGAGAUAUUGACGGACAGUACGGAAUGA